GGAAGCUGACUUGGCAUCUAUGACAUGGUGGAUAUCCUGGGACUACGUGGAAAUGACAGACGACGUCAAGUGCUGCAAAUUUGGGUCCAGAGUUUCCAUCGGCAAAUAUAGUCAUUCUAGUAACAUGUCUGUGGAUUCUCUUGUGGGCAACCGACAAGUCUUCAUUCGCACAGGACGUUUCAAGGGUGUCACAGUCGCCAUCAAGAGGAUCAACAAAGACCGAGUAGAACUGACGCGAUCUCUUCUUAUACAACUGAAAAGGAUGAAGGACCUGCAGUACGAUCACCUCGUCCGUUUUAUCGGGGUGUGCGUGGACCCUAAGCCCUACUGUGCCAUCUUCACCGAGUACUGCCCCAAGGGCUCGCUUCAGGACAUCUUGGAGAAUGAUGACGUCAAGCUAGAUUCUAUGUUCAAGAUUUCACUCAUGCACGAUCUGGUCAAGGGUAUGGCCUUCCUGCACUCCAGCGAGAUCCGGACGCACGGUAACCUCAAGUCCAGCAACUGUGUCGUGGACUCACGUUUCGUUCUCAAAAUCACGGACUUCGGCCUCAACCUCCUCAUUGAUAACGAGAAAAACUACAACCCCGAUAGAUACGCUUUCUGGAGACGGAAGCUGUGGACGGCCCCCGAGCUGCUACGAAACCAGUUCCCGCCGCAGGAAGGCACGCAGAAGGGGGACGUCUAUUCCUUCGCCAUCAUCGCCCACGAAAUCAUAUACAGGCAGGGGGCCUUCUGGAUCAAGAACGAGGACCUCUCUCCCCAGCAGAUCGUCGAGAACGUGAAGAACGGCGGCUACCCCGUGUUCCGGCCGACCAUCGAGGACGACACGGCUGAAGAGGAGCUGCUGCAGAUGAUCAAGAAGUGUUGGGCCGAGGAGCCAAUGGAGAGACCGGACUUCCAGCAGCUCAAAACAAUUAUAAGGAGACUCAAUAAAGACAAUGAAUCGGGAAACAUCUUGGAUAAUCUUCUGUCUCGUAUGGAGCAGUAUGCUAACAACCUGGAGGUCUUAGUACAGGAGCGAACGGCAGAUUACUUCGAAGAAAAACGCAAAUGUGAGGAACUUCUGUAUCAGCUGUUGCCGAAAUCUGUGGCCAGUCAGCUGAUCGAAGGCAAGAGUGUCAUGGCAGAAACUUAUGACUGUGUCACCAUUUACUUCAGUGACAUAGUUGGAUUCACAGCACUCUCGGCUCAGUCCACGCCACUGCAGGUCGUAGAUCUUCUAAAUGACUUGUACACACGUUUCGAUGCCAUCAUUGAGAACUUUGACGUCUAUAAGGUCGAGACUAUCGGCGACGCCUACAUGGUGGUCUCCGGCCUCCCCGUUAGGAAUGGCACCCUCCAUGCCCGUGAGAUCGCCAACAUGUCCCUGGCACUGCUUCGGGAGGUAGAAACCUUCACUAUUCGCCACAGGCCUGAAGAUAAGCUCAAGCUCCGGAUUGGAAUGCAUACAGGUCCUUGCGUGGCCGGAGUCGUAGGGUUGAAGAUGCCGCGUUACUGUCUCUUUGGGGACACGGUCAACACUGCUUCGAGGAUGGAGAGCAAUGGACAGCCUCUCAAGAUCCAUGUAUCGGGCAUCACACAGCAAGUCCUGGUGCAGCAUUAUCCUUACUUCCAACUUGAGUGUCGUGGCGAAGUUGAAAUGAAGGGCAAAGGAAAAGUCACAACGUAUUGGCUGUUAGGGAAAAACGACGUAGAAGGCCAAUAAGAUCGUCAAAAGAAGUGCCAACUGCAGUAAAUUAGUCUCUACGACCGCCGCAAAGAACCAGAACAACCUCUCCACUUGUUAUGAAACGGAGUUAUGAAGAUUCAUAACAAUUAACAAAAGAAAAAGAAGAACAGGAAAAAAAUAACAUGAAUUACUCAAGCUCUCUGUUUGCUG